AUGGAUUUGGAACGGCAUCUGACCCAGCUCUUUAUCAACAAUACUUAUGUGGACUGUCUAAACAAAAAGACCAUCACGGUCCAUAGCCCUGCUACCGGCGAUCUUGUCAGUGACAAGAUCCCUGUUGCGGGGGCAGACGAUGUCGAGGCCGCCGUUCGUGCUGCCAACGACGCGUUCGCCCCAGAUGCUGAGUGGCGCCGCAUGUCCUUUCCUGACCGUCAGAAAAUCCUCCUCCGUUUUGCCGACCUCCUGGAGGAGAACCAGGAAAGCCUGGCAUAUCUGACGCGGUUGACGCUCGGGGCCCCCUUCCUGCCAUUUGGAAAGUCGGAGAUUGGAACCGCCAUUGGAUGUUUUCGCUACUACGCAGGAUGGAUCGAUAAGUUCGGAGGACAAUCAUUCCCUGCCGAUGAUGGCUUCUACAAGAUUGUCCGGAACGAGCCUCUUGGUGUCGUCGCUGGAAUAAUCCCGUGGAAUGGACCUUUAGCUUCAGUUGGCCUUAAAGCGGCCCCAGCUUUAGCUGCAGGGAAUGUCUUCAUUCUCAAGCCCAGCGAAAAGACCCCCUUGAUGGCAGCCGCACUAGGUAAGUUGGUGCUGGAGGCUGGUUUCCCCCCAGGCGUGUUUCAAGUACUGCUCGGCGAUGGGAGCACAGGUGCACUCCUCGCAAGCCACAUGGAGGUGGCCAAAGUGAGCUUCACCGGUAGCGUGGCCACGGGAAAAGCGGUGCAGGUUUUGGCUGCAAAGAGCAAUCUUAAACGCUGUACCUUGGAGCUCGGUGGUAAGAGUCCAGCAGUCGUUUUUGACGAUGCCGAUCUCCCCAAUGCCAUUGAAUGGUGCGUAAAUGGCCUGACGAACAACUCCGGUCAGAUCUGCUUUGCGGCGUCGCGCGUAUACGUCCAAGAGGGUAUUUAUGACAGGUUCCUAGCUGCGUAUCAGAAGGCCUUCGAGGCUAAACGUACAGUGACCGGGGAUCCUAACGUUGCAGGGUCGGAGAUCGGUCCUGUUGUUGACAAAGCCCAGUAUGACCGUAUAUUGGGGAUAGUUGAUAAUGCCAAAGAGGAAGGCCAGGGAACACUCCUAGUAGGAGGAAAGCCACUCUUCUCUAAGGGCUAUUAUGUUGAACCAGCCAUUUUUACCGACACCAAGCCGGAUGCGCCCAUCUAUAAAGAAGAGAUAUUUGGUCCUGUCGUGGUAAUCAACAAAUUCAAAACAGAAGAAGAAGUGCUUUCCCGGUCUAACGACAGCAAGUAUGGACUGAUGGCGGGCGUAUUCACCCAGGAUAUCAAUCGCGCGCUCCGUGUAAGCUCUGGGUUUGACUCCGGGGUGGUUGGAAUCAACUGCAUCAGUACAAUCAAUUUCUCGUGCCCGUUUGGGGGUACAAAGCAAAGCGGCUUGGGGCGGGAACUGGGGGUAAAUGCCUUGCUGGCAUAUACUGAGCCCAAGACGGUGUUGAUAAACAUGAAGUACUAGUUAGGCUACAACUACAAUACACUUGCAGUUUUAACUGUUGCACAACCAAACCAUAGAUGAAUUGAAGAAGCC